UCAAGGGCCCUUAACCAAAACCGUUUCCGGGACAUCGUUCGCACCCGGAACACUACUGCAUUGCGAACUACAUUCAUCGCUUGGAAUGAGUUGGCGUGGGAGGAGUUCACUGCAUUUCGGUCGACGAUGUCUAGACGUCUUGCAGAGGACAACGGCGUCCACAAGAAUUCAUCCCGCGGAGUUCUGAUCAUUGAAGUAGAAAGAAAAUCCACGCAGAAGAAAGUGUUUCUUCUCGACAUCCCUGGAUUGGAAGGGCCAGAACGUAGUCGCGGAGGUUCUCCUCAACCGUCUACCUCAACCAACUGGAUUUCAUCGAUGACGACGUCCUUUAUGAUGCACAUGAGGAAGGACUCAUCGGCAGAUCCAAUCUGGCGUAAUAUCGAUGCGGUUUUCCCAAAUGAGAAGGUCUCAUUUCUUUUGGCGUGUUUGAAGCGCCCUUAUGUGUACACAAAUGUCUAUUCGACCAUCAAUUAUCUUCAUCAGUUUGAACCUUUGCGGCCGAAUGACUGGCAACCGGGGGGCUCAAGGCGUCCACUUACUCCGGUACCGCAAAGAAGACAGCAGCAAAAUCAAGCUGCAUCGUCAUCGAGUAGCUCACUGCAAGUUCCAGCAAUAGCAGUUGAUGCUUCCGUUCCAGCAAUGUCCCUUGGAACUUUUGAAGAUAUUAUUCGUGAAAUGAGAGACCUGAGCGUAAAUAAAUUCAACCAACUUAGUGCUAAGGUCGACGAAGCCAAUGCUAAGGCCGACGAAGCCAAUGCUAAGGCCGACGAAGCCAAUGCUAAGGUCGACGAAGCCAAUGCUAAGGCCGACGAAGCCAAUGCUAAGGUCGACGAAGCCAAUGCUAAGGUCGACGAAGCCCGUGCUGAGGUCAACGAAGCCAAUGCUAAGAUCGAAGCACUUAAUGUUGAAAUCAACAAACGUGAACUUCGUCACAAGGCUGAGGUCAACAAUUUAAAAAUUCAGCACGAUGCCGAAAUCAAUAGAAAUCGUGCUGAAACCGAGGCUAAGCUCAGAGAACUCCAAACUCGACACGAAGCUGAGAUUGUCAGAAUCACAAAUCAACACGUUGCCGAAAUACAAAAUCUAAGAGCCGAAUUGGAGAAUUAUAGAAAGGAGCACCGCCAACCUGCCGUUUCACCACGUAGAGCAUCAACUCCACCUCAAGAUUUACCAGCCGAUGCAGAUCCAGUGGAACAACAGCCUGAAGAUGGCAAUCGGCGAUCAGAAGCAGCUCGAGAAUCUACGAGUACGAACCAGUCGAAUUCACCACGAGCUUCGUCCCAGGAUGACUAUCCCGACGUGACAUUCGAUUCUUCGGUAGCCUCACCUGACAUUCCUGAUUCCGAUGAGGCGUCUAGUGCAGGUCCACUUUCACCAGAGCCUAGAGACGCAGAGGAAUUGCCGGACAGGGGUCAGCGUUCUCCACACCAACUAAGAUCAAAAUCUCGAGUUCGGGAUAGUACACUCUUUAAGUAUCCCAAUGAAAAGAGAAACAGACCACGACCCGAUGCUUCACUUUCCGAUGAUUCAAGUGAUGACGACACAGAAGAAAAAAGAGCUAUGCUGCGUUAUUUGCAGUUAGACGAUCCUCAACGACCAAGGAUACGUGUCACAGAAAAGCUAUCCUUUGCUGUCAACGAUCCAGAUUUGUACGCGACCAUCAAUUUCGCGAAGCUCAUCACUCGAUCUGGUGUACCGAAGAAAGAGUGGAGGUGCAAGAAAUGCAAGCAUCCCUUCCAAUCAUCGGAAAUGCCUGCUCACAUCUGGUUAGCGGAGUAUAAGGGAUCAAUAAUUUGUGAAAAAGAAGGAUGUAACACCGAGUGCCGCACCGUCCCUCAGAUGAGGAAACACCUAAAAACACAUUAACAGGUCAAUUAUGUCAACUUAUUAUGAGGCACUCAAGCUCGGAGGAUCCAUUGACCAGGUCAAUGAUGUCACCUCCAUAAUAUGUCAACUCAUUACGAGGCCUUCAAGCUCGGUAGAUCCAUUGACCAGGUGUUUCCUCAUUGUAGUAAUGCUACAACAUACGGUGUUGCAUCCUUUUACCUAACAUUUGAAAGAUCCCCCAAUUCCGUUGAACAGACGUGAGCAGGAAUUGACGAUGUUUGGAAGCCUGUAUCGUGCCCUCCACUCUCACUUUGAUUUGGUGUUAUCUACCCAAGUGAUGGACUUCGUGGAAUUGGUGUUCGCGUACACGUCUAGCUCGUUGACGGUGAAGGUUAACGUUGCUGUUAUACGUAUCUAAGGACGUUGGGGAUCUUCUAACAUCAAAUGACUCAGCAUCGCUCUUGUUUCGUCUGCGUUGCUAUCGUCGUCAUUACUUGAAUCUUCGGGACGUGAAACAGCGGGUCGUACUCCUCUUGUGGAGGCUUUGGGAAACUUACUGAUGAUACUAUCCCGUACUCGAGUUCGUGAUCUUAGGCUAUACUGAGAACGCCGAGUAUUGUCUGACGGUUCCUCCGAGUCACUAGACACUGGUGAAAGUGGAGCUACACUAGAUGACUCAUCGAAAUCAAGAAUGUCAAGUGAGGAUAAAGAAGAAUCGAAUUACACGUCAGGACGGUCAUCCCGUGAUUAAGCUCGUGGUGAAUUAGAUGACUGGUUCGUACUAGUAGAUUCUCGAACUGCUUCUGAUGGCCGAUUGUCUUCUUCAGGCUGUUGUUCGACUGGAGAUGCAUCGGCUAGUAAAUCUUGAGGUGGAGAUGAUGCUCUACGUGGCAAAACGGAAGGUUGGCAGUACUCCCUUCUAUAAUUCUCCAAUUCAGCUCUUAGAUUUUGUUAUUCGGCAGCGUGUUGAUUUUUGAUUUUGGCAAUCUCAGCAUCGUGUCGAGUUGGAGUUCUCUGAGCUUAGCGUCGGUUUCAGCACGAUAUCUAUUGCUUUCGGCAUCGUGCUGAAUUCUUAAAUCGUUGACCUCAGCCUUGUGACGAGGUUUAAGUUUGUUGAUUUCAACAUUAAGUGCGUCGAUCUUAGCAAUGGCUUCGUUGACCUCAGCACGGACUUCGUUGGCUACAGCACUAAAUUCGUCGACCUUAGCACGAAGUUGGUCGACUCAAUUUACGCUCAGGUCAUAUCUCACGAAUAAUAUCUUCAAAAGUGUCAAGGGACGUUAUUGGAACGGUAGCAUCAACUGCAAUAGCUGGAACUUGCAGUGCGCUACUCGAUGACGAUGCAGCUUGAUUUUGCUGCUGUCGUCUUUGCGGUACCGAAGAAAUUGGACGCCUUAAGCCACCAGGUUGCCAGUCAUGCGGCCGUAAAGGUUCGAACUGGUGAAGAUAAUUGAUGGUCGAAAAGACAUGUGUGCACAUAAAGACGCUUUAAACACGCCAAAAGAAAUGAGACCUUCUCAUUUGGGAAAACCGCAUCGAUAUUAUGCCAGAUUGGAUUUGCCGAUAAGUCCUUCCUCAUGUGCAUCAUAAAGGACGUCGUUAUCGAUGAAAUCCAGUUGGUUGCGGGAGAUGGUUGAUGAGAACCUCCGCGAUCACGUUCUGGCCCAUCAAAUCCAGGGAUGUCAAGAAGAAACACUUUCUUCUGCGUGGAUUUUCUUUCCUAACUCAAAUGUUGGGAAAUACAUUAACUACAUUAUCCUCUACAAGACGUCUGGAUAUCGUAAACCGAAAUUUAGAAAACUCCUCCUACGCCAACUCAUUCCAAGCGAUAAAUGUAGUUUCCAAUGCAGUAGUGUCCCGGGUGCGAACGAUGCCCCGGAAACGGUUUUGGUUAAGGGCCCUUGCGGACCAUUCUUGUGCGACUUACUGGAAACGAAGAUCGUUUGUCGUCACACUUGGAAACAAAGAGGUUGCCAGUCCUGGAAUUUGUCGUCAGGAUCACCGAUUAAAGUCGACAACUUGCCGGAUCCAGUUCGGCCAAACGCGUAGAUAAUUGGCAUUGACACGGUUGAAGGAUCGGCAUUGGCAGCAUCAAUGGUUUUAAGAAGAUAUUCAACGGUGGAUUGGUAAUCCUCCACAUACCCAUCAACCAUGACUUCCAGGUUGGAAUAAGCCAACUUAUUUCCAGUUAUUUUUAGAUCAGAUUUUUCAUUUGCAGAACCGCUCUGCCAUCCUUGAACGAUGACGUUCAUCUUGUUACUAUUGAUAUACAACAAAGCAAAUCAUAUAUCUAUAAACAUUUAAUUAUGAAUGUAAAUAUAAGAACGCACAUAUAUAUAUACAUAUUUGUAUAUAUAUGCACAUUCAGCGAUGAACUUAUAGGGUUAGAUUAAAACAAUCACUACCUAGUUUGCCAAUACCAAAGAAUGAAAUUUUGUAAACAAUAACUCAUCAUCUGAAGAUAAGAAGAGGAGUGAUUUAAAAAUAACCUUGAGGGAUGAUAGGUGUUUUGUUCAAGUGUAUAGAAGUUGAAGCUCCUCAAUUAGGUUGAUCUAUCCUAUCUCUCAACUAAGACGUCUUAUUGGGAAGUACAUGUUGGAAUCGUUAUAAAUUGAGUCAGGAAUAUGGACAAAUUACUGCAAGAGGCGCGAAUUGUGUAGUACAAUUUCGCAGCGUAAAGCCAAACUACCACAUGACUCCCCUUCUGGAAAACAACAUUAAGAUUGAAAAACCGAAGACAUUUUGUCAUUAAAAAAUUUAAGAUCAACUGUCAUUGAGUUGAGUUCACAUCUUGUCAACUUGCAGCUGUCACAGAAGCACAAGUAUUUGUAUCACACGAAGAAAACAUUGCUGAUACAAGUGUUGUCUGGAGCCGGUUAAAAACACUAAGUUUCAUAACGCUUAUAGCAAAUAAUGCUCAGUACAAACGUGUUGGAACACAUGCACGUCAACUUAUAAUUGCAGUUUAUUCAAAUGCUGAAACUGACAUCCUGUACUACAUCAAUUAGUUUUAAUUAUUCAACAAUUGUGCAUUGAAGCUGAUGUUCAAGUGACCAGCAACUGCCGACAAAUUUCUGCUAUUGAUAGAAAUUGUUUUGUCUUAAGACUACAAACCCGAUAGUGCAAUCAACAAGAAGAAAAUAACUGAUCUGGAAUUACUGGUGGAGAUUCAGCCAUCACAUCCUCUAUUGUCGUUGGAAAAUCUUCUGGAUGAGGCACCAUCGGAUUCGAAUCUUCAGCAUCAAAUCGCAGUUUUAUUUGACGACUGUACAAAUAAUAGUUAGCUGGACGGUGAAGGAAUUUUAAAUAUUUGAAUUUCAAUAACCAAAGGAAAUGUUGUGGCAAAUAAUGCUCAGUACAAACGUGUUAGAACACAUGCACGUCAACUUAUUAUUGCAGUUUAUUCAAAUGCUGAAACUGGCAUCCUGUACUACAUCAAUUAGUUUCAAUUAUUCAACAAUUGUGCAUUGAAGCUGAUGUUCAAGUGACCAGCAACUGCCGACAAAUUUCUGCUAUUGAUAGAAAUUGUUUUGUCUUAAGACUACAAACCCGAUAGUGCAAUCAACAAGAAGAAAAUAACUGAUCUGGAAUUACUGGUGGAGAUUCAGCCAUCACAUCCUCUAUUGUCGUUGGAAAAUCUUCUGGAUGAGGCACCAUCGGAUUCGAAUCUUCAGCAUCAAAUCGCAGUUUUAUUUGACGACUGUACAAAUAAUAGUUAGCUGGACGGUGAAGGAAUUUUAAAUAUUUGAAUUUCAAUAACCAAAGGAAAUGUUGUGGCAAAUAAUGCUCAGUACAAACGUGUUAGAACACAUGCACGUCAACUUAUUAUUGCAGUUUAUUCAAAUGCUGAAACUGGCAUCCUGUACUACAUCAAUUAGUUUCAAUUAUUCAACAAUUGUGCAUUGAAGCUGAUGUUCAAGUGACCAGCAACUGCCGACAAAUUUCUGCUAUUGAUAGAAAUUGUUUUGUCUUAAGACUACAAACCCGAUAGUGCAAUCAACAAGAAGAAAAUAACUGAUCUGGAAUUACUGGUGGAGAUUCAGCCAUCACAUCCUCUAUUGUCGUUGGAAAAUCUUCUGGAUGAGGCACCAUCGGAUUCGAAUCUUCAGCAUCAAAUCGCAGUUUUAUUUGACGACUGUACAAAUAAUAGUUAGCUGGACGGUGAAGGAAUUUUAAAUAUUUGAAUUUCAAUAACCAAAGGAAAUGUUGUGGCAAAUAAUGCUCAGUACAAACGUGUUAGAACACAUGCACGUCAACUUAUUAUUGCAGUUUAUUCAAAUGCUGAAACUGGCAUCCUGUACUACAUCAAUUAGUUUUAAUUAUUCAACAAUUGUGCAUUGAAGCUGAUGUUCAGGUGACCAGCAACUGCCGACAAAUUUCUGCUAUUGAUAGAAAUUGUUUUGUCGCAAGACUACAAACCCGAUAGUGCAAUCAACAAGAAGAAAAUAACUGAUCUGGAAUUACUGGUGGAGAUUCAGCCAUCACAUCCUCUAUUGUCGUUGGAAAAUCUUCUGGAUGAGGCACCAUCGGAUUCGAAUCUUCAGCAUCAAAUCGCAGUUUUAUUUGAAGACUGUACAAAUAAUAGUUAGUUGGACGGUGAAGGAAUUUUAAAUAUUUGAAUUUCAAUAACCAAAUGAAAUGUUAUGGCAAAUAAUGCUCAGUACAAACGUGUUAGAACACAUGCAGGUCAACUUAUUAUUGCAGUUUAUUCAAAUAUGGAAACUGGCAUCCUGUACUACAUCAAUUAGUUUCAAUUACUCAACAUUUGUGCAUUGAAGCUGAUGUUCCGGUGACCAGCAACUGCCGACAAAUUUCUCCUAUUGCUAGAAAUUGUUUUGUCGCAAGACUACAAACCCGAUAGUGCAAUCAACAAGAAGAAAAUAACUGAUCUGGAAUUACUGUUGGAGAUUCAGCCAUCACAUCCUCUAUUGUCGUUGGAAAAUCUUCUGGAUGAGGCACCAUCGGAUUCGAAUCUUCAACAUCAAAUCGCAGUUUUAUUUGACGACUGUACAAAUAAUAGUCAGUUGGACGGUGAAGGAAUUUCAAAUAUUUGAAUUUCAAUAACCAAAUGAAAUGUUAUGGCAAAUAAUGCUCAGUACAAACGUGUCAGAACACAUGCACGUCAACUGAUUAUUGCAGUUUAUUCAAAUACUGAAACUGGAAUCCUGUACUACACCAAUUAGUUUUAAUUAUUCAACAAUUGUGCAUUGAAGCUGAUGUUCAGGUGACCAGCAACUGCCGACAAAUUUCUGCUAUUGAUAGAAAUUGUUUUGUCGCAAGACUACAAACCCGAUAGUGCAAUCAACAAGAAGAAAAUAACUGAUCUGGAAUUACUGGUGGAGAUUCAGCCAUCACAUCCUCUAUUGUCGUUGGAAAAUCUUCUGGAUGAGGCACCAUCGGAAUCGAAUCUUCAGCAUCAAAUCGCAGUUUUAUUUGACGACUGUACAAAUAAUAGUCAGUUGGACGGUGAAGGAAUUUUAAAUAUUUGAAUUUCAAUAACCAAAUUAAAUAUUAUGGCAAAUAAUGCUCAGUACAAACGUGUUAGAACACAUGCAGGUCAACUUAUUAUUGCAGUUUAUUCAAAUGCUGAAACUGGCAUCCUGUACUACAUCAAUUAGUUUCAAUUAUUCAACAAUUGUGCAUUGAAGCUGAUGUUCAGGUGACCAGCAACUGCCGACAAAUUUCUCCCAUUGCUAGAAAUUGUUUUGUCGCAAGACUACAAACCCGAUAGUGCAAUAAACAAGAAGAAAAUAACUGAUCUGGAAUUACUGGUGAGGAUUCAGCCUCUGGUAUUUUUUUCAGCCGUCAGAUCUUCUAUUGUCGUUGGAAAAUCUUCUGAAUGAGGCACCAUCGGGUUCGAAUCUUCAGUAUCAAAUCGGAUAUAAUUCACAGGUUUUGCUUGACGACUGUACAAAUAAUAGUCAGUUGGAGAGUGAAGGAAUUUCAAAUAUUUGAGUUUCAAUUACUAAAUGAAAUGUUAUGGCAAAUAAUGCUCAGUACAAACGAGUUACAACACAUGCACGUCAACUGAUUAUUGCAGUUUAUUCAAAUACUGAAACUGGCAUCCUGUACUACACCAAUUAGUUUCAAUUAUUCAACAUUUGUGCAUUGAAGCUGAUGUUCAGGUGACCAGCAACUGCCGACAAAUUUCUUCUCCUAUUGCUAGAAAUUGUUUUAUCGCAAGACUACAAACCCAAUAGUGCAAUAAACAAGAAGAAAAUAACUGAUCUGGAAUUACUGGUGAGGAUUCAGCCUCUGGUAUUUUUUUCAGCCGUCAGAUCCUCUAUUGUUGUUGGAAAAUCCUGAAUGAGGCACCAUCGGGUUCGAAUCUUGCGGCAUCGAAUCGCAGUGAAUAGUUUUUUAUUUAAAUAAGAAGUUAUUGUUUGAAAAAUAUAUUAAUUUUUUUUAAUUUUUUAACUAAUUUAAUUUUAUUGAUUAUUAUUAUAAAUUUAUUUUGCAUUUAUUCUUUUAUAUGACCAUAUAUUUAUUUAAAUUAUAUACUUUUUGAUUAUGAAAUGAUCGUAUUCGUGAUGACCACAAGGAGCUUCGACUCCAUGGCCAAAAAAUAACAAAAAAAGUUAAAUAAAAGAGAAAACGAAAAUGAUAGCUUUCAGUUAACGCUCUAGCAAGAUUAAAUAAUAAAUUACCAGACCUUAAAUUAUUAAAAAAAAGAACGUAUACAAUCUAAAAUUUUAUGUAACUUUAUUUUGACAAGUAGAUACAAAUCUACUAUACAUUGACGUUUUAAAUUAUUUGUAACCAAUGCUGUCAUUUUUAUUUUAUUUAUUAUUUUUUUUCUCUAAACAAUUGUUAUUUUGAAAUUAUUUAUAA